UGACACAGGCGUCUGGCUGCUACGGAACGCGAACGCUGGUUUCUCUCAGGAUUUUCAGAAGACGUUUCUUAGGACUUUCAGAGUCAGAAGCAGAGGGUUUCGGUGAUUUCUAUUGACUAUGGAAUAUGCCAAGAGGUCGCUCAAUAUUUUCUACCCUCCUUCUCUCCCUAAGUGUGUGUCCGCCAGCAUGAGCGCCAGUGCCUCCAUGACCCAGCAGCUCUUCCCCAGUCGGACCUCUCGCCCAAAACCCUUCAGGGUAACCAAUGCCAACCGGUCCAUGAAGAAAGGAAUAAUGGCAGAUGGGCUGAGAGACCUGCUAAACAAGGCGAUGGACGCGUUCCACGUGUCGUGUGUGAGCGCCCUGGUGUUGGACGAAGACGGGACAGGAGUGGACACAGAGGAGUUCUUUCAGACACUGAAGGAAAACACUGUUUUCAUGGUCCUGGAGAAAGGACAGAAAUGGACGUCGCAUCAGAAUAAGGAUAGUCAAGUCCACCUCGAUCAACAGCAGAGGAGGAAGGAUGUUGCAAAGUUGACCUUUGACCUGUACAAAAACCACCCCCAGGAGUUCAUUGGCUGUUUAAAUGUGAAGGCCACGCUGUACGGAAUGUACUCUGUGUCCUAUGACCUACACUGCUAUCAAGCCAAGAGGAUGUUAAAAGAGGCUCUUCGGUGGACUCUGUUUACGAUGGAGGCCACUGGCCAUGUCCUGUUAGGCACUUCCUGUUACAUGCAGCAUCUACUGGAUGAAGAGGAGAAGGCUGAAGCUAGACUCACUCGCACCAACAAACCACAGCAGGCCAUUCUGUGGAGAAAGGCCGCAGUCUGACGUCGAGAGGAAUCAAAACACACGGGCGAAACUCCGGUCGCUGGGGCCGCUGAAAUGUACUCAUGUCAUGUAUAUCCAUGCCAUGCAGGGGUUACUUCUUUGAGGAUUCUAGAAUAUUCGACAAAGCCCAGAGGGGUUAGAACUGUGGAAUGUUUGGUGAACGUAUACGUUUCCAGGGGCAACGGCAUGGCAACCAUAAUGAUGUUACUUUAAGCAUGUUGCUGUAUGUUUAGCCAAUAUGGCAGGAGCCACCUGCUACACCAGGUCUUCCUGCUGCUCCACACGCUCGGGGAGUCAUCCCCCCCCCAACACAUUUCAUCACUUUCUGUUGCUGCUGUAACUGAUUUACAUUUAUUUAACGCUACAUAUUUAUACAUUUGUCAUGCAUGUUCCGUUAGCUACGACAUAUUUUAGUGUUUUAUUGUGUCAUUUCUAUACAUACCCACAUGUUAUUUAUCCACUAGCAUUUUCAUGUGACCAACAAAGCUUAACAUUUACUGGUUUAACAUUUACAUGUUUAUCUCUUGUCAGAGCUGUGGACCUUUACAGUGUUAGUGUGCAUGUAGUGUUUGAGCUUAUUCGUAUGUAUGUUUGGUUUGUUUAUUGUUAUAUGUUAUUAUGGAUGUAACCACACACAUGUAUGUUUUUCAGUCAGGCAUUCUGCACUUUUCUUCAACACUUCAUUGCUGUAUUUCCAGUAAUAUUUACAAUAAACAAUGACUAGUUAUUGCGCUUUCAGGGAA